AUGGAAGACCCGUCUUUGCAAAUCCAUUUUAAGGGGCAUAAAGAUGUUAUCAAAUGUGUGGACUUUAACCCAAACGGAAAACAACUUGCUUCCUGUUCUAUGGAUGCUUGUUUGAUGGUUUGGAAUAUUAGGCCUCAGACAAGAGCAUACAAAUUUACGGGUCAUAAAGAUGCGAUAUUUUGCGUUCGAUUUUCCCCGACUGGUGAACUAAUUGUCACUGCAUCUCGAGACAAAACAGUGAAAUUAUGGGUCCCGAGCAUAAAAGGAGAGUCUAUAACAUAUCGUGCACAUACAGCAGCUGUCCGCUGGGUAGAUAUUUCUUCAGAUGACAUGAAGAUUUGUACAGCUUCUUCGGAUAAGUCAGUGAAGGUUUGGAGUCUACACAGACAGAAGUUUUUGUUUUCUCUGAAUCAGCAUGUAAAUUGGGUGCGGUGCUGUCGAUUUUCCCCUGACUCACGUCUCAUUAUUUCAUCAUCAGAUGAUAAAACUAUUAAAUUGUGGGAUACCGAGACACAAAGCUGUGUCCAUACUUUUCACGAAACCAAUGGUUUUGCUUCUCACUUAGAUUUUCACCCCAGUGGCAACUGUUUCGCAGCAGGUAGUACUAAUUCCUCUGUGAAACUUUGGGAUCUACGCAUGAAUAGACUUCUCCAACAUUAUGACGCUCAUAAUGGACCCGUACACAAUGUCUCCUGUCAUCCAAAUGGUCAUUUUCUUUUAUCUGCAUCAGAAGAUUCUACUCUAAAGAUAUUUGAUCUUGUUGAAGGGCGUCCCUUGUAUACUCUUCAAGGUCACACUGGACCUGUUACUGCAGCUGCAUUCUCUGCUUCUGGUGAUCACUUCGCAUCUGGUGGGAAUGAUGAACAGGUAUUUUUGUGGCGCACAAAUUUUGAUAAAUGUGGAAAGGAAAUACCUACCAAAAGUCCGAAUAAAAGCCCCAGUCGUAUUCUAACAACGUCUGAUCCUGCAUCACGGAGUAAAUCUAUCCAAAUUAACCGUCGAGUUUUAUGUCCUGAGUCUAAUUCUGUUGGUGGCUGUCAAAUGAAUGGAAGCGAGUCUGAAGAAAAAGAAGAUAAACAGUCCUCUAAUACACCUGAAACCACUGUUGAUUAUCAUGAAUCGCCUACUGGUGAUACACUGAAUCCACGUACCUCAGUAAAAUGUCAUUUUCCGCAUAUUAUUCGUAAUCAAUCUGGAAUUAGUACACCGAGUACAUUGCCCUUGACAUCAAAUUUGAAUGUUGCACAAUUUGGGAAUUCUAAGACGCCUGUGAAUUUAGACGACGAACGCCAAAAUGUCCCACCGUCAUUGUCAACAACACUUGAACAUAUUUUUUCCCAACUGGAUAUAUUGACACAGACUGUUUCAAUAGUGGAACAACGUUUAACCUUACUAGAAAAUAAAUCAACCAAUAAUGCUUGA